GUGCCGGCUGUCGCAGAGACCUCUGGGCGUUGUAGUCCGCGGCGGCGCGAGGUUUGACAACAGCAGCAGAUUUGGCGUGCUCGGAACUCAUUCCCCGCCGGUCCCCGCGGCCUGUGCCAUUGCCUCUUCCUGUCUGCGGGACGCGGAUCCCCGCCGCUGCAAGCUGACAGUAUUUGGGAAGGAGGUCUUCGCCUUCCUUCCACUUCUCGAAGACUGAGGACCUGGCCUUCUAAGGAAUGCAGAAGAGCAGAAGAGGAAAGUGGAAAGGAAAGAAACAAAAAAAAAGAAAAUGCACAUAUUUUGGGAAUAGUACAUGUUACCAACAUGUAUGUCACAUAAUAGUCAGUGGCAUGUUGACAACAUUUGCCUAGCUCUUUAUUACUGAAGAAGAAUUUUUCACUUAAAGAAAAAGGAAAGAAAAACCUCAGCAGGCUGCAUAAAUAAAAAAGACUAACUUCUUCAGUGCUUAGACUCUGAGAAAAAUGGCAAAUGUGGAUAGUGAUUCUAGGCAUCUUCUCAUCUCUGAGGUAGAUCAUGAAAUAAAUCCUGGACCUAUGAAUAUCCAGUUUGAUUCAUCAGAUCUAAGAUCUAAAAGGCCUUUCUAUAUAGAGCCCACAAACAUCGUCAAUGUGAAUGAUGCCAUUCAGAGAGUUAGCGACCAUGCUUCUGCCAUGAACAAAAGGAUUCAUUACUACAGCCGGCUCACUGCUCCUGCAGACAAGGCUUUGAAGACGACAGAACUCAGACCCAAGAGAACUAUUGCCCCAGAUCAUGUAGUUCCAGCACUAGAGGAGUGCUAUGUGUAUAGUCCACUGGGUUCUGCUUAUAAACUAGAAAGUUACACUGAAGGAUACGGUAAAAACUCCAGUUUGGUAACCAUUUUUAUGAUUUGGAAUACCAUGAUGGGAACAUCUAUACUAAGUAUUCCUUGGGGCAUAAAACAGGCUGGAUUUACUACUGGAAUGUGUGUCAUCGUGCUGAUGGGCCUUUUAACACUUUAUUGCUGCUACAGAGUAGUGAAAUCACGGACUAUGAUAUCUUCAUUAGAUACCACUACCUGGGAAUAUCCAGAUGUUUGCAGAUAUUAUUUUGGCUCUUUUGGGCAGUGGUCAAGUCUUCUUUUCUCCUUGGUGUCUCUCAUUGGAGCAAUGAUAGUUUAUUGGGUGCUUAUGUCUAAUUUUCUUUUUAAUACUGGAGAAUUUAUUUUUAAUUUUAUUCAUCACAUUAAUGACACAGAUUCUGUACUGAGUACCAAUGAUAGCAACCCUGUGAUUUGUCCAAGUGCCAGUAGUGGUGGCCAUCCUGACAAUAGCUCUAUGAUAAUUUUCUACGCCAAUGAAACGGGAGUCCAACAGUUUGAAAAGUGGUGGAAUAAGUCCAAGACAGUGCCCUUUUACCUCAUAGGGCUCCUUCUGCCACUGCUCAAUUUCAAAUCGCCUUCAUUUUUUUCAAAGUUUAAUAUCCUAGGCACAGUAUCCGUGCUCUUUUUGAUUUUCCUUGUCACCUUGAAGGCUGUUCGCUUGGGAUUCCAUUUGGAAUUUCAUUGGUUUACACCAACAGAAUUUUUUGUACCAGAGAUAAGAUUUCAGUUUCCACAACUGACGGGAGUGCUUACUCUUGCUUUCUUUAUUCAUAAUUGUAUUAUCACACUCUUAAAGAACAACAAGAACCAAGAAAACAAUGUGAGGGACCUAUCCAUUGCUUAUAUGCUGGUGACAUUGACUUAUCUCUAUAUUGGAAUCCUAGUUUUUGCCUCAUUUCCUUCACCGCCAUUAUCCAAAGAUUGCAUUGAGCAGAAUUUUUUAGACAACUUCCCUAGCAGUGACAUCCUGUCCUUCAUUGCAAGGAUAUUCCUGCUGUUCCAGAUGAUGACUGUGUACCCACUCCUAGGCUAUUUGGCUCGUGUCCAGCUAUUGGGCCAUGUCUUCGGUGACAUUUAUCCUAGCAUUUUCCACGUGCUGGUUCUUAAUCUAAUUAUUGUGGGAGCUGGAGUGAGCAUGGCGUGUUUCUAUCCAAACAUAGGAGGAAUCAUAAGGUAUUCAGGAGCAGCAUGUGGCCUGGCCUUUGUAUUUAUAUAUCCAUCUCUCAUCUAUAUAAUUUCCCUCUACCAAGAAGAACGUCUGACAUGGCCUAAAUUAAUCUUUCACGUUUUCAUCAUGAUUUUGGGCCUGGCUAACCUGAUCGUUCAGUUUUUUAUGUGAAAUACUCAACUGUUUUCUUAAGAUCUUUCAUGGUAUUUUGAGCUUUGACAACAGUUCCACAUAAAUUCACUUGUAAAUGCUAUUGUUGCUGUAAUUCUAAAUGUUUUCCUAAGAAACAGGCAGUUCCCGGGUUACGAACGUCCAACUUACAACCGUAGUUAUGAACUAACCCCCAUAAAGCCUGUUAUAUUAAAAAUCUAAGGUACAUACAAUGGUUUGUAUAACAAAUGGGCGCUACUUUUAGACACGUAUCAAAGCAUUAUUAUUAUUAUUAUGUUAAGAUGUUUUAGUAUAUCCGGAAGUGUUUCUUUAAUGUUUUUUAUGCAUAGAAAGGUACACUAUAUACUAUGUACUAAGACAAACAUUUGACUAACUGACAACUUAACGUACAAAUUCUUCUUAAAGAUAGAUUAAGGAACGGAACUCGUUCAUAAUCUGGGGACUGCCUGUAAUCUGAAAGCAAGAGGAAAAAAAGUAGUCCACUAAUAAGUAUUUUUAUUAAAGUGGGGAAAGGAGCAAUAAGAAUGAUCUUAGUCUCUUCACCUUUCUCAUAUUCACUCACCUCUUCAUUCUCAUUUUCUUUUCUGAGUAGAAAAGUGCGUUCUAGGAAAAAUUAUAUUAGGUUUUCCUUUGGGAGAUAUGAAGUGGUUGGGUUUGUUUUGGCCGCAAUAAAGAUUCUCAGGGUGUUACAACAUAUUACCAGAUCUUGUUUCUGUUUGAUAUUUCACUGUAUUCACUUUCAUUUAAUAAUGUACUUGAAUGUUUUAACACAUGGAAAACUGAUUUUUGCCCAUUUAAUGAUGAAUAAGACAAAGAAUGCGUUAUUUACUAAACUAAAAAGCAAUGUAUAUCUUUGCUUUUGUUUUCGUGAUAAUUAGAACCUCCAGAAUCCUGUAUUAGACUUCUGCUGAAUGAUUUUGCCUUCUUGAUUUUCUUGCCAUGAGACCAACUCCUUUGGCCUGUUAUUUGACUUGGUUAGAGAACUCUUUGUGUAUGAGCGUGUAUCUCCUUGCUUACACAUUACAAUGAUACGAACUCAUUCAGAUCACAUCACUGUUAAUUUUAGACUUUCUUUCCUGUCAUCUCUUUGAAUUUUCUCAUUUUUUUUUUCCAUUUCUUUUGCUUUGAUGUGGUUAAAUCUUAGUUGCUUUGGAUUUAGCUUAUUUAACAUACAACUGAGGGCAUUAUAAAGUUGUUUAGCAUGAUCUUCCUUAGAAAGCCUCUGGGUGCUAAUACUAAACCAAGAAGAAUAAAGAAAAUAUAACUUUAGUUUAGCAUCUGUGGGUGAUCAUCAUAAUUCAGUUUCAUCAUCACAUCCAAAAAAAUAUAUUUAGAGUAGGAAAUAAAUCGAUACAUAAAAAAGGACUAUAUUAAAGGGAAAUAUUCACUUUAUUUGCAUUAAGUGUAUUUUGCAAAUACAAUGUAAUGGCAGCUAUUAAAUGUAGAAGAAUUUUCUGUUUCUAUUUGGAGUUCAUUUGGAGAAAUUUUGAUUCAUGUUUAGAUUUGUUCAUUUCUAUAAAUAAUUGCAUAAACUACAAUGUUCAGUGCUUUGGAGGAGACAAAGAUGUUUAAGACAUCAUUCAUAUCCUAAAAGAACUUUCAGUCGGGUAAAGGAACCAUGUACAUAAUUAACUAUAAUGCAAGGCAGUAUAUUCUGAGGACUGAUAGGGAGAAACAAGCAGCUCCCUUCCGAGUGGAAUCAUCAGGGAGGGUCGUCGGUAAAGGAACCUGAGAGGUAAAGCAGCAAGGGCCCAUUUUCAGGCUCCUCCUAAUAAUUGUCCAAAAUGUUAGAUAUUUGGUACAUUCACCAUCAAAUUGAAUCACGUUAAGUAAUUGGUUUUAUUUUGGCAAAUUUCCUCUAAGUUUUAUGAGAUGUAUUUAACUGCUUCUGUAUACUAUUUAUUGUUUUCUUUGUAUUCUAAUGUACUUUGCGUUCAUGUCUGUGAAUCUUGGGCAGCAAAGCACAACUGGUUAAUAGGAUAAAUAAUUAGUACCAUAUUAGGCAGUAAAAACAGAAAGAUUCUGUAAUAUAUUUUCUCCAAAGUCUUGACUUAUUUAAAUAUUAGUGUUUAAAAUGUCAAAUGUUUGAGCUUGUUGAUAAGAGCAGAAAAUAUUGAUGCUGCAUGUUUUCGUUACAAAACACUAACCUAUUGCUUUUUAGAAUCUAGUAGUAUUGGUUUUUUUUAACUCAAUUUCCUCCCAAUUUGAAUGUGUAGAACCAAAUCCAAAUCUAAUUAACACCUGAACAAUAGAAUGUUGCAUUAGUUUGUGAUCCAAAGUGAAAUUAAUCCCCCCACAUGGGUACAAUCUGGCCUGGCUGGCACCAGUUUUACAGUUGACUGCCGCCCUAAAUUUGAGAUUAUGUAAACACAUACUGCAAAACUGCUCUGACGGGAACCUCAUAACCUAAACAGUGUUCUCUGAAAUGUAAUUUGUUGUUUUUUUAUAUAAAAAAGAAGAAGUUAAACCAAAAUUAUUUUGAAGGAAAACAUGUCUUGAGUUUUGUUUAAUUACAUUUUGCUGGGAAAUGCUGUUGCCUCGGCACCGACCCCAGGGCAGGAGGAAGCUGGAUUCCAUCUUCUGCAGGGUCAAACUUCACAGGCGACUUUGCGCCUGUGUCUCACAUCAGACCCUAAAGAGCCCUCCCUAGUGUUCUGAUCCUAGAGGAAGGCAUAUGUCACAUUAUGUUUAUCGAAACCUAAAAUGAUCAUCCCUUUGUGACAGUAAACUGCAGUGACCUCUCCCUCUGAGAACAUUUUAGAAUGAAUGUGACAAUUUAGAUUAGUGUAGUCCAGUUUCUGGCAGAGAUUGGUAUCAUAAUCUUCCAUUUAAAUCAAUAAAGAGCUCUAAAUUUAUGCCUUCCGUAAGUAAAAUUACUUUUUUUUUUU